UCUUGGCUUGUUUUUCUUUUUGAUCAGAGUUGACCCUGUCCAGUUCCACGUUCAAAGAAAUGGAAGAGGGUUUAUUAUUAGCUUCUGCUUCUUCUUCUUCAUCACUUCUGUCUGGGAUAUCAAAUGUCUUGACGAGACCUUUUGUUCUUGCCUUUACUGUCUGUUCUUGUGGCGCUUUUGCCUCUGGAUGCGUAAGUGGAUAUUCGGCCCCUACACAGUCUGGUAUCAUGAAAGACUUCAAUCUCUCUGUCGCUGAUUAUUCACUUUUUGGAUCGAUACUAACGGUGGGUAUAAUCCUUGGAGCAUUAAUCUGUGGGAAAUUAACAGAUAUGGUCGGUCGUAUCAACACAAUGUGGAUCAUCAACGUGUUCUUCCUAUCCGGCUGGUUCAGUAUUGCAUUUGCGAAGGUUAUCUGGAUGCUCGAUGUAGGAAGGUUACUGCAUGGGAUCGGAAUUGGAAUCAGCGUAUAUUUGGGGCCGAUUUACGUGACUGAGAUAACACCAAGAAACUUAAGAGGAGCUGUUUCUUCCUGCUCACAGUUAUUUGCAAUCGUCGGUUCAUCAGUCUUUUAUGCACUUGGUACAGUCGUUGGUUGGCGAGAUUUAGCCAUUUUGGGAGUUAUUCCUUUUCUUGUGAUAAUUCCUCUUCUUUUCUUCAUUCCCGAAUCUCCCCGAUGGCUAGCUAAAGUAGGGAGGGAAAAGGAGGUUAUAGCGGUCUUGUUAAAUCUGCGAGGAGCAGAAUCUGAUAUAUCGAAUGAAGCCCAAGAGAUAUUGGCUUACACUGAACAUGGUAAACAACAACAAGAUGGUGACCACAGUUUCUUCAAGCUCUUUCAGCGAAAAUAUGCAUUAUCACUUACUAUUGGAGUUGCUCUUAUAGCUUUGCCUGAGCUUGGAGGAAACAGUGGUUAUAGAUAUUACACUGAUUCCAUUUUCACCCGUACAGGUGUAUCAAGUGACUUUGGAUUCAUAACAACAUCUCUAGUUCAGAUGUUGGGAGGUGUUUUAGGUACUAUGCUUGUGGAUGUAUCUGGGAGACGUUCACUCCUACUGGUUUCUCAAGCUGGAUCAUUGUUGGGAUGCCUUGCCACAGCCAUUUCUUUCUUCUUGCAGGAGAAUCGUUGGUGGGAAAAAGGAACUUCUAACUUGGCUCUCAUCAGUGUUCUGGUAUACUUUGCAUCAUACGGAUUGGCCAUGUCAUCAAUACCAUGGAUCAUAGCAUCAGAGAUAUAUCCAGUAGACGUGAAGGGAGCAGCCGGAACAGUUUGUAACUUGGCCGGCUCUAUAAGUUCAUGGCUUGUUGCUUAUUCCUUUAAUUUCUUGCUUCAAUGGAGUUCCACAGGAACAUUUCUUAUGUUUUCCAUAGUGUCUGGCCUUGGAUUUGUCUUUAUAGCCAAGCUUGUUCCAGAGACCAAAGGCAAAUCUUUAGAAGAAAUCCAAUGUCUUCUCACUGAUUCUCCUCUUGAAAAUUCUACAUCCUAA